CGGGUCCGAAGGUGUAAAUCAUAGUACAAUGUUUGGAGAAUCGUUCGAAGGCUGUGUGGUCGGAGAGAGAAGCCCGAAGCCCAAGAACUAGAGCCAAUAUUGGCUCCGAUGUGUUUGGCUGGACUAGUUGAAGACGAGUUGUACGUACAUUGGAUGUUUCAGCAGGUGGAAAACGGGACGGCAUGGACUAGCCGCGAGGGUCGUGAAAACCCUUGGAAGGGAAAAGGGCAUCCCCUCCCUCCGCCCUGCUACCGUCGCGACACUCCGCGACGCUGCUACGCCGUCGCAACGCAACCACCUCUUCGUCCUUGCUUCAGCCGGAAGGCUGAUGUUUUUCCUCGUGGACCAGUAAAAAAAAGGCCUCAAAGUGUACGGCGCCGUGGAGAAGACGUUUCACCCGUUCGAGCUGUGCAGCAGGCUUUCCCGCGUGUUCCAGCCGGGAACACUGGCCGGUAUACAAGCUACAACUCGGCGGGAGUCGCAACCACCAGCUCCUCGACGGGCGCUGGUUCCUCCUCGGUCGCCAGCGGGGUCGCGGAUCCGGCCGUAUCCUCCUGUCAUCAGAGCUUCUCGCAGAGCUGGUGCAAUUACGCUCCUUACACUACCGCGAGGCAUCACCAUCCGGUCGACACGGCCGGUCAUCAUCAUCCUCACUCGCAAGCGGGGGUCCCGUACUUGACGCCGUCCGCGGCGGACGACCGGGGAAGGGUCACUGCCGCCAUGGUUGCGGCCGAAAGCGCCUUUCCUCACGACGGAUACGGUGGCCUCAGGAAUUACGGGGCGCCUGAACCUGUCACUUCCAGUCCGUACCCGCCUCCAGGUUCCCUGGCGGGAGUCGGCGUGGGUGUCGGCGUGGCGGGUAUGGGCGUCGGUUGCGGGAGCUCGAACCCUCUGGAGUGGACCGGUCAAGUGACGGUGCGGAAGAAACGCAAGCCGUACUCGAAGUUCCAGACCCUCGAGCUGGAGAAAGAGUUCCUGUUCAACGCGUACGUGUCGAAGCAGAAGCGAUGGGAGCUGGCGCGCAACCUGAACCUGACCGAACGGCAGGUGAAAAUCUGGUUCCAGAAUCGUCGGAUGAAAAACAAGAAGAACAACCAGAGGCAAUCGCAACAGCAGAACAACAACAACAACAACAACAGCAGCGCCAACAACGCGAAUCACCACGCGGCGACCGGUAGCCAUCACCAUCCGAGUGCCGGGCAUGCGCCACCCUCGAGUCACCACGUGGUCGCGCAGGCGCACCACGCGAACGGUUCCGCGAAGCAUCAUCAGUGACCCGUGGCUUUCUCUGGGAUCGUCUUUGGCCACUCUCAUCACAACCACGGCUCCACGGACGGUUGUGCUGGCACCGGGACCGGGAACGGGACGGGGACCGGGACCGGAACAGGGACACCGAGCGGAAAUCACGCGAACCUGGUUACAGGUCACAGCCACGCUCUUCACGCGCCUCAACCGCAAACGCCUCUGCCGACCCACGUGGACGGUGGUGCGCCCUCGAACACCGUCACACUCCCCACCGCCGUCGUUCAUCCUCACGUCCACGCGCACGCUCAUCAUCAUCACCAUCAUCAUCAUCAAUUGGCGCACGUGGCUCAGCAGUAUCCGACGCUCCUUCAUCAAACGCCCCAUGGCCUGGCCGCCUGAACCGCACGACUUCAGGCUAGGACGCCCCAGAGAAUCGUCGACGAGUCGUUCGCGUCGCUCGUUGUUCGCGACUCAACUUCUUCGAGGUGAUCGUCAGGGAUUUGGCCAUCCGUGACUACGCCCGGAUAGAUAGACACACGUACCCGCGCACACCCUAUCGAACCUUGUUCAGCAGCUGUUCAAAGACUGCCUACCACUUGUAAGGAGAGAUAACGUUUCGCGAGUAGUAUAUUAUUAUUAUUAUUAUUAUAUUAUUUUAUUAUUAUUAAUGUUAUUAUUACGAUCAUCGUCAUCUUCAUCGUCAUCGCUGUUACCGAUCCAACGGAACGGACACACUGUUGUAUAGAAGAGCACCGUUGCUCCAUCGCCGGACUCUCUCUUUUCGUUUCCCCGCGUGUCAGGUGUCGAUCUUGUUCGAGUAGUGCGAAUCGCAUCGCGACGCCGAGAAAUCUGUCCAAUUCGUAAUUCGGUAGUACUUCCUCCAGUUAUACAUAUUAUAUAUAUAUAUAGAUAUACAUAGUAAAGCAAAUUAGUGUCACUUAGUGUCUGGCCCCUGGACGAACGCCAUCCCGCUCCACCCCAUCCCCAACAGGUUUCUACCCUCUCGAUCGUACGUUUGCUUUGUGUCCGACUGAAUAGGAACGUGUCGUGGCUCGAGGUGAACGGCAUUGGGCCCCGUGGCUACGUCGGAAGAUCUCGAGGAUCGUCUUUCAGGGGUAAGUGCGCAGAAAGUUAGGGCGCGAACUUUCAACGAACGAUAACUAUUACCUUAAUUUACGUCGCUACUGUCUGUGAUUCGCGGAAAGUACUAUUGUUUUUCUUGUUUUGCGGAGACGCUAAAGAUCGAUCGCGACUCGUGUUGUUCUUUCGUCGUCGGUGUAUUUGCGCGAGUCGACGCGUGUUAGUUUAAUUUCGUCGCGAGACAGAAUCCAAUAAUGGAGUCGUUCCACGGGAUCCGAUGAAUCGACGAGGAUCAAUAGAUCCAGCGUGCAAGGACUCGAUCGCCGGAGGGUCUGAGCAGGAUUACGCGCUUGGACCUUUGUAGAUAACUUCUAUGUUCGUUGUCUGGCGUUUUGUCCUCUAGAUAAGCCGGCGAUCGAUGCGGGAAAUUGAAACUGGUGCGGGACAAUCUAUGUCGCGGUCUUUACGCCAGGACACGUUCGCGACUGUGCAAAGCAACCAUACGGUCGGAGGAUUAGUCUAAUUAUGUCCAGAGUGUUGUAUUCACCGCCUACCAAGGAUCGCGAACUAGUACCUAUAAUUCUUAUGUUAUAUGUAAAGAAAUAAAAACGACUUUUAGAUGUAAAGGCAUAACUAGUGGACUAUCGAGUGCUGGCGAGAGCACUGCUCUAAGACUGAGUUUAGGAACUUCAUUGCCGGAGCUGCGAAACGUUAAAGCUCAUCGUGGUUAAUUCAAAUGGGAAAAGAAGUUCGUUUGUUAAUUGUUGAACGUAAAAUUUACUGUUUUUCUUUAGUUCGAACGACGAAACUCCAAAGAGCUGUCGUGGAUUGAAAGAUGUUUCUCUGUGAAAAAUAUUCUUGAAAUAUUAUUUUCGACGGUGUUCGUGAAAAAAAUUGUAUUAAAAUUCAAGGAUUCACGAUUCGCUCAUCGAAUCCGAUGUCUAUUCUUGCACUUGAUUGGUAAUUAAAUUCACGAUAUUAAUGUUUUCUGUUUGUUAAUCAUUGAAAGAUAUAAGUACAGGCUCACUAGUGCAACGUGCUAAAAUUAAUUUGUUGUUAGCAUUUAACUUUGACGUAUAGUAAUUUUUAAAUAAAGUGUAAAACAUAAUCCUGGUGUUCUGAAGAUUUUGAUAGAAAAUAAGUGAAAAAAAAUCGUGAAUUUAAUUGUCGAUGCUGACGUCGAAGCAAGCAAGAAAAUUCCAAAGCCACAAAGUGUAAUUGGAAGAUCGAUAGAAACGACUGGUUACUGAGCCAUGGAAUUGAAUUUUCAGGGUGAAGAAAGAAUGUCAUUUCGACGAGUCGAAUCGAAAAAACUCCUUUCGAUGAAACGAAGUCCUAAACGCGGUCUAAGAGCGCAGGAAAUCGAAGCGUUUUACCUUUUAAACGGUACGUCAGCGAGUAAGUAGGUAAUUUAAUCGGAUGUUCAAUGAAAAUAAAUAUCCCAGUGGAUCUCUAUUCUCUAAGGUGCAACAUUAUCUAAAUUGUAAGGGCCGCUGAACGAGUGUGCACAUCUACGGUAUAUUACGUACACAUAUUGCGUGUCCUCUUCUCGAAUGCACUUAUGUACGUACGAGCGUGUGAUUGAGCGUGUGUGUGCGAGUGUGUGAUACGCGCUCGCGUUUCUACACCGACGUAUGUACACGUGGUACGCGUGUAUCAAGAUAACACGAGGUUCGCGACGGACAGAGAGAAAAAAAUCGAUAAAGAGAAAGUAGAGCCAAGGAGAAUAUUGAAAUUUGUUGGUGUAGGUGCAGGAGCGCGCGUGCGAGAGCGAACGAGUGCGAGAGAGAAAGAGGAACGAAGAUGAUUCGAGCGAGAAAGAGAAAGCGGUACAGGAAACACACAGAAAACCUGCAACCUAGCUCAGACUUACGUGCAAUUGUUUGCGAGACAAAUAUUCGUUCGCAAGUAUACAAACACAGGACACGAAGAAUUAAGCUCAAGAAUAAUUGACCUUUGAACAACGAUGACCGUACAUUCGGCGAACGAAGUUUGUAAAUUUAAUUCGAAAGUUCAGCGUACAGUAGCUGCUCGUUAAUUGUCCGUUACAUAAAGUACUGCGAAUACGACGUGAUCGCUUACAUUCAAUUUGUCCUUAUUUAGAAUCGUGAACAAAUGCAAGUAUGUCUGAACAAGGUUUUCACGAGACGCGAAAUAUGAACGACAAAAAUAUUAUAAUAAUUAGAAAAUAAUUACGACAUGAACACACACGAGCACGCGCGUAUACACACGAAACACAAUUGUGAGAUUGGGUCUUGGAUGAACGAUACACAACUCCGCCACGAUUACUAUAAUACAAUUAAUUAUGUAACGACCGUUUAAGUAUGAUAACAGUAUAAGUGGAAAUAAAGUGAUUCUUGAGAAGCAAGCGAAGAAAUAUCAGAGAAAGGUGGACAAAUUUUCACGGGGGUUCAUUGGGGGUGGUUGGGGAAGGGGUUAACGUCGGUAUAUUUAUGUGAAGAUCAAGAUUGCAGUCGGCGAACCAUACUCGGAUUUCAUCGUGAGUUGUAAUUAGUUGCUAAUUGUCUUGCCGCUGACGAUUUUUAUUGCGAUUAUUAUGAUUAUUAUUAUUAUUAUUAUUAUAUCAUUAUUAUUAUUAUUAUAUUAUAUUA